AUGCUACCGGAAAUGAAAAAAGUAAUUAUACAAACUUAUUUUCAUUACUAUAUACACAUUCCAUCAAGAGAAUUCGGAGCAUAA